CGUUGUCCGACACCGUCCACACAAAGGAGCCGUCCUCCCCUCCGAACCGAGUCCCUCCUUCUGCUACCUGCACCAUCUCAUCGCAGAGAUCUGGUCCUUCACCGAAACUCCUUGUGCGACUAAGCGCAAAAGCUUCCACUGGUGAAGUCUGCGGCAAGCUUCGAUCGAGGUCGCGUCCUAUCUUCGAAUCGGCUCGACAGUAUUCGAGGUCGCGCGCUCUGCAACCGCGGGUUGAUCAUUCGAACUUCCGAUUGCCCUCACCUGAACCGCCAACAUGUUCUUCGUUGCGCACCGAACACGCGACUGCACGCUCCAUCCGUCUUUCUUCGACAACACCGCAGACAGCAGGAUUCGCGAGAGGCUUUACGAAGACAUGGAGGGGAAGGUUGAGGGCACGGAAAUGAUCAUUCAAAUCAUCGAGAUCGAUGAGAUCAGUGAGCCAGUGCUGGUGCCGGGCACGGGAAUGGCGAAGUACACGCUCUCGUAUCGUGCGAUCGUAUGGCGACCUUUCAGAGGUGAAGUGGUGGACGGACAGGUGACGAGCGUGGUCAACAAUGGAUUCUUCGUGGACGUGGGCGCGUUGAGUGUGUUUGUGAGCAAAGCGAUGAUCCCACCUGCUCUCAAAUACUCAGUAGAGGGCUCGACGCCUUCUUUCACGGACAACUCAGACCAGACCAUCGAGCGAGGCGCACAAGUGCGGCUACGCAUCAAGGGUAUUCGCGGAGAGAUGGGCAGCAUGUAUGCCAUCGGUAGCAUCCGCGAGGAUUACCUUGGGGCUCUUUUGCAGUAAUUUGCAUUGCGCAUGGCAGUUUCUGACACAAAGAGACUUUGGGAGAUGAAGAACGAACUCGGACGCAUUCCUUCGCAGCAACAAUUCGGGAAUAGUCUGUUUUUCAGCGUGGCGUACUGGAUAUGAAAAACGCAUGGGAUGCGUGAGCGAAGACUGUCUGCAUAGAUCAUGAGAUACCCGACGAAUUUGGACGUUUGCAGCGGCGUAAAAUCAUUGACCAUGCACCUGGCACCGAGUUGGUCAACGGACAGUAGAAAACCUACGUCAGCAGUCAGAGGAAGACAUGCAAUGGACAUUUUGACGAUGUCAUGGCCCAUGAACGUG